AUGAUGCAAGAAGAAGAUUUCAUGUCCACUCCUUCACGUGGAGGAGGGGGCGACAGCGGCGGCAUCAUGAUCACUUCUUCAAACAACAACAACCUCAAGAAUAACAACCUCAACGAACGAUCGGAACGAUCAGAUUUCUCUCUAGAUCUCUCUUCCUCACAACUCGACGUUGAACACGACAUGAACCAUCGAGAUCAUGUCAUGGAUGAUGGCAGUGGUGGAGAAUUGGCAUCAUCCUCAUUGUCUCAAUCCAUCAUGAUGAUUGGAACAGGUGCAGGGAAUGGUAUCCCUUCAAAUCAUUCUGCCAUCAUGAUGGGAGAAUAUGGACAACUCGAUGCUGAGAGUUCAAAACCUGUACUGAAAAGAAAUCCAUACCUUUCCUUGUUGUUUCAUAAUAAGCGAUUUAUGAUUAUUUGGAUGGCAGGAGUGUUGUCUGGAAUGGGAAAUUAUUUUUCAGAAAUUGGAGUCAUUUAUGAAGUGGAGAAUCGAGCAACCUUUGGUUUUGCCACAGGUGCCCUAUUCAUUUCCAUCUUUGCUCCUUCCUGUCUCGCAAUGCCUUUCGCCGGAGUUUGCAGUGAUCUCUUCGAUCGAAGAAAAGUUUUAAUUAUUGCAAAUAUUUUGAGAGGAAUUGUUGCUUUUUGUUUACCAUUCGGAUUUCUCGUUCAAAAUUUAGGAAAUGGUCCCUUAUUUGCCUUCUAUUAUCUUGAAAUGUUUCUCAUUUUCUUUAUUAAUGCCUUUUACGAUGCAUGUCGAGGAUGCUUAAUGCCACUUGUCGUCGAUCAUCAUGAUCUCAUUGCAUGCAACGCACUCGAUAGUCUCACCUGGCUGUUUUGUUCCUAUGCUGGAGCUGCCAUUGGAGGAUUUGUGAGGGCUGCUUUUGGAUUGUUGACAGUCUAUUUGGUCAAUGGUUUCUUGUUUGUGGCAGCACUCUUGUUGACCAUUUGGUUGAUGUGGUUUCCUGAAUUAAAUCCACCAAAACCUGCCAACACUCUGAAAGGACUUGCUCUCAUGAAACACAGUUUUGUCGAAUUGUUUCAAGGAUUUAAAUUAUUAUUUGGAGGAAAGGGUUAUUUGUUUAGCUUUGCCAUUAUGAAAUUGGUGGGAAGUUUUAUUUGGGCUUCUGUUGAAUUUAUUAACGUGAAAAUUUCAGAAUUCCCAACUAUUACCAUUUUAAAUAGUCCAGAAGAUACCAACACCAUUGCAUACUGUUUGUUCGGGGUUGGAAGUGGAAUAGCACCCAUGUUGUGUGAAUUGUUGUUGGGAAAUCGAAUUCGACGAUCCGUACGGAGUGCCUUUUGGUUACGUUUCGUCAUUCUUGUUUGCUUUUUAUUCAUUCCAUUGGGAUUUUUAUUAAUGUCCUUCACAGUGCAUGCCUCCAUGUUCGUCAUUGGAAAUUUCAUUUUGGGUUCAGCAGGAGGUGUUAUUUGGGUUUAUUCCAUGUCAGCCAUUGAACAAUUGACACCCAAUCACUUUUUAGGACGAAUUACUGCCUUUGACAUAUGUUUUGGAUUUGGAGCUGGACAGGCAUUAGGUGUGAUGGUACCUUCUCCAUUGUUGUAUGAUUUUAUUGGAUUGAAACAACCACACUUGUUUGCAUUGGUCAUGUUUUGUAUUGGUUGGGUGGUGUUUGUCAUGUGGGUGGUGUGGUUUUAUUUGACACGAAAUAUUGAUCAACAUCAUCAUCAGCAGGUGAUGACCAUGCAUGAUGACAUGGAGAUACAUGACAACAAUAAAUGA